UCGACUGAAAUUAUCGCUCGUGAUAGUAGAAUAACUGUACAGGUGCCUUCCAUACUUCUUAUCCCUCUUUCAACGUACGCUGUAUCAUCUGAUUAGAUAAAGAGGGCUUGGUGCUCCGCACGCUAUGAGUUUCACAUUCGGUCGUGUUCAUUUCCGCCGUGAAAAAGUACAACCUUCUUAGUUUAAACAUGGUGUCCCUCGAAAGUGUCGCGGGCAUAGCGAUCAAAAUUAUCAAGUUGGUACUAAACCUCAUAAUCCUAAUCCUGUACAGGACAGGAUUCCACGGAGAAUUCCUCGGAGUUGGUGGAACAUGGAAUUUAAACGAAGAUAAAAGUCCAGACGCUGAGAUGGUUGCGUCUGGGGUAUUGGUCGGCUUCUUCAUCUACACCAGCGUCGUUUUGAUCAGCUACUGUUUUGGCAGCAUGUACCACAAGAGAACGCUUGUCGAAAUCCUAAUGAACUUCGUUGGAGUAUUCAUGUUCAUCGCUGUGGGUGGGACAGCGCUUCACUAUUGGCACGGUUAUCUUCCGGAGCACAAAUUCGACGCUAUCGUGCAAGAAAGACAGGUGGGUCUGGCCGUCGGAUCCUUAUGCAUCAUCGAAGGUGCAGCGUAUCUCGUUGACCUGAUUCUGAGCAUUUUACACUUCCUGAAGUAUCGCGACGAACUUUUAUAAUCGAACCGUAAUCCCCUAUAUCGUCAGCAGGAUUAAUCAUUUCGAAGCUCUCAUUUAUUAUCGUGGAAAAUCUAAUUCGAACGUGUUCGUACACGAUGCGAGCAAAUUCGUUUAUAAUUGCGAUGGAUUUAUAGGGGAUUUCGUUGUUGCAAUGCUAUUAACGUAAAUUGUAUUCAUGUGUGAAAUUUAGUUACGAAGUAAUUAGCUGUUAAAAUAACCUGCGCUUCGCUCAAAAAUAUUUGAUCACUUGCAUUUCGCAGUGAAAAACCUCAGCUAAAUGUAAAAACGAUUCGAAGGAAUUCAUUGUUCGUUAAAUAAGUUGUCAAAUAUAUUUGAGUCGAAGGCAUAAAUCUUUCCCAUAGCGGUUCAUAGUCAUGUAGAAAUAUCUCUAAAUCUUGACAAUAAUCAUCCCAAAGGGUAUAGAACAUUUCGAGUCAUUUGAACUACGCUUGCGCACAUCGAAGAAUUAACGGCGGCAUCGAAUGACACACGUUUUGUACUCGUACAUUUUUAUACUACCUUCCUAGCCGACGUAGGAAGCAAGAAAUAAAUUAUGUAUCAUAAUUAUUCUAUUUCUAUCACCGUUGACGUAAAAGAAUGUUCGAAGAAAUUUUCCAUUAAUUAAUCUGAAACACCGAGUGAAAUAAUCGAUCAAAACAAAUGUGGACGAUACAUCAGCAACUUCAAAUAAUGCUUCUCUAAUACCGAAAAGCGUGAUCACAUUCGAGGCACUAAUAACCAAGUAAAAUUGAAGCACAAAAAUGGGUCGAGCGUGCAUGAGCCUUUGGACGGACGUCCAUUUUGUGUUGAAGGCUAUUGUACUCGUAAGUUGUAACGAGUUGUAACGAGCACAAUGGGAUUUACAGAUAUCUUCUCAAUUUAGGCACUGAUGGCGGCCGUGGAAUUUUUAGUUUUCGAUUUGACCACGAAACAAUACUUCCGUUACGUCUAUCUUGAAGCAUACUACUUUAUCGUUCUGUCUUAUUUAAUCAUCGUCUUGUAUGGUUACACAUGGUUCAACGUGGCUCCUAUUCUGGUAACUGUAUAAAUUAAUAUUAACUCAUUGCACUCGAGUGGCGACUAAAAAUUGUUACGUUACGUUCGAGAAUAAUGUCUACGUUAUUCAAUUUUGCUUGUAUUUUAAAAGCUUUUGAGAGUGUAACUAUUGUAUGAGUCAUAAGACUCAAUUGCAUAUGCAUAAAAUGCACAGAGUCGUUUAAAAUGGAAAUACUGUGAGUAAGAAGAACUGUUUUAGAUUUAAAGUGUGCCUCGAAUGCAAAACUCUGUCAUAAUUUUGAUCGUAAUUGACGCUCGAAAUUUAAAUAAUGUUAUCAUUUCAAGACAGUUUUGUUCUCUAAAUUCGGCAUAUAUUUGCUUUUUAUCAAUGGAUAUGUUAUUCAGCGAUGAGUCUGUUAGGAACUUCAUUGCAAUAGAAAAAGCGUGGAUUGUGUAAGCCGAACUGAGACUUUAUGUUCACUAUGAUUUAUUCAAUGACAUUCAUCAUUUAUAUAUUUAUAAGAAAAAUGCAACACGGUCUAAAAAUUAUUAAGGCAAAAUAUGUGUCUAUGUUGCAUCUUGCAACUGGUGCAAUUUUUUAUUUUGCAUAAACAUUCGCAGUCUAAUGAUAAGUACUCGAAAACCUUUGUACUGGUAAUACGAUAUAUUGAUAACAGACCGAAUAAAUUCAAUGAAGUAAAAAUUUAA